UUUGUUGAGGACAGGUCUCUUUUCAGGAUCUGAUCAGGACUGCUGAAGUUUCUCACUUCCGCAGAACUGAUCGGUGAAAAAGUUGCCUGAUUGACAGUAUCUGCAUGAAUCUGGAGUACAUCUUUAUAUAUUCAUUACAACAACAGGGCAAUUUGAAGGCUUAGAAUCUGCCUCAGUUUAGAGUGCUUGUGCAUCAUCCAUUAUUUCUUACUGAAAACUUAGAGUACCUGUACAUCUAUUCUUUCGUGUAAAAAUUUUUGAUUGCUUCCACAUUCAUUAGAUACUGAUCAACUGAAAAAAUACACAGGCAGAAAGGGAAGAUGGCAUCUACCAGGAAUCUAGUUCUGUUCUUCACAGUGACUCUGUUCCUGCGUAUCUCAGUCGAUGCUGAAUUCAUGAAGCCUCAUGAUCUCUUAAAAGAUAACUUCUACAAAGAUUCCUGUCCGAAUGCUGAAGCAGUGAUUCGAAGAGCAGUUUUCACUGCCGCUGAAAAGAAUCUGAAGCUAGCUGCGGGUCUCAUCCGAUUGCAAUUCCACGACUGCUUUGUUGAGGGUUGCGAUGGUUCCGUACUGCUAGACGGUAAUGAUACAGAAAAAACUGCACCUGUAAACGAACAUCUCAAGGGCUUCAGAGUCGUCGAUGCUGCCAAGGCGGCGGUGGAGGAAGUCUGCCCCGGUGUUGUGUCUUGCGCAGACGUUCUGGCCUAUGCAGCUCGUGACAGCACCGUCAUGCUAAAUGGUACGAGGUUUGAGGUUCAAGGAGGAAGAAAGGAUGGCCUCUUCUCGUGCGCCGAAGCUGCAGAAAGGGACCUUCCGCCGCCGACAUUCAACGCUUCACAGUUGAUUGAUUCCUUUGCCAAAAGAGGGUUGUCGGCAGAGCAAAUGGUGGUGCUCUCAGGAUCCCACACAGUAGGAGUCGGACAUUGCGACAAAUUCAUAGAGCGCCUCUACAACUUCAGUGAGGCUCAUGCAACCGAUCCCUCCUUGAACUCCACCUACGCCAAGCAGCUGAAAAGGGACUGCCCAAAACGAAACUUCAACUCGACACUCGAGAUCUUCAUGGACACCAUGACGCCCGGCGAGAUCGACUCAAACUACUACGUGGGGCUCACACAGAGGAAGGGUCUGUUCACCUCGGAUCAAACUCUAUUCGAAGAUCGUCGAACAAGAAAGUUUGUGAGAAGACUCAUGAAUGAAGGUCGCUUUGAUCGCCGAUUCGGUGAAGCAAUGCGCGCGAUGGGGGCGGUGGGUGUACAAUUCGAAGGCCAAAUCCGCAAGAAUUGCCGCAAGGUCAAUGAGGAGUGAGACGGCAGAUCAGAUAGAAGUAGUUUCCUUAGGCGUGUGAAUAAUGUCUCGCAGCUUGACCGACCGCCUUGCUCUUGACAGAGCGACGAGUCUAAUAUUUAGCUGUGCAUUCUGUGUAAUCAAUCAAUUCGAUUCUUCGGAAAUAAAGACCCGCCUGGUGCAAUUGUGAUACUCUA